AUGCCCGCGGGCUCAGCAUCUCUUCCUUCUUCCCCUUCCUUCACCCUACCGCUUUCACCACUGUGCCCUGGCCCCGGUCCCGGGCUUGCCCGCCUCGUCCUCGUAUCGGACUGGGCCGCCAACUUCGCCGACGCCGCGUACGCGCGCGUGCACAACUCGCGCGGGACGUGUCCCCCGGACGUCUGGGCGCGCGGGCGCUGGGUGCCGCGGGGGCCGCCUAUGACGAGCGCGGCCCUCAACGGGACGGGGAUGCGGACGAGCGCGGACGCGUACGCGAUGCUCGGCCUGCAGGGCUGCGCGAGCUCGCGCGAGGUGUACUGGCACCUGGGCGCGGACAGCGAGUCGCGGUAUGACCGCUUCCCGGGCGUCGCGAGCUGGCGGUGGGAGCCCCCGACCGGGUGCACGGCGGAGGAGGCGAGCGGGGAGGAGUUGGUGAGGCAUCUGGUUGAGCACGGCGGGUGGCUGCUCAUUGGAGAUUCAGUGACGGAGAACCACUUCUUUUCUCUAUCAUGCAUGCUCUAUCCCCACGUACGAGCAACGCCCGACUACACUCUUGGCGGCUUCGACCGCGCAUGGCCUCAGAACCUCUACCUCAACUCCUCCUCGCCCAUCCUCCCUAGUCUCAAACUCCCCAAAGACUUCGACAUCGAAAACACCCCGCUCGUCACCUUCCGCCGGGUUGAUCUUCUCCUGAUGCCCUCCAAGCUGGAUGCUCUAUACAGACAAAUCCACCCUACCUCAAAGUACCUCCACAACAAAACGACCCUCUUCUCCGACGAGCCUCUGUGGAACCUUUCCCCUGAAGAGUACGUGGGCAUGCUCACCACACCCCGUCCCGCGGGCGGAUACUCGACCCUGAUCGUGAGCACCGGCGGGCACUGGACCACUCACCUCUUCGAAGCCCUGAAAGACGCCUCGCUCUUCAACGACGGCAUCUUCACCGUCAUCGACUUCUUCCGCGACGCAAUGCGUGUUUGGGCCGACGAAGUCCAGACCCUGCUCGACCGAGACACCCCCCGCGCGGACGGCGGGCAGCCCCACCUCGCGCCUGGCGGCCGCCCGGCGCACGCAGGAUCGAGGCCGAAGAGCGCCCAUCAGGUGCUCGUGCGCGCGUACCUCUCCGGGCACGACGGCUGCCACAACGCCGGCUCGCCGGUGCAGAGGUUCACGAAGGAGAUGGUCGUGUCGUUCAACUGGCCGCAGAUCGGGGACAUGAACCGCGCGUUUGCGGACAUCUUGCGCGAGGGGCAAUACCCGGACAUCCAUUACCUCGGGAUCGACGGCGCCGCGCUGCUCCGGCCAGACUCGCACGUCGCGAGCGACUGCCUGCACUUCAUGACGGGCGCGGGGGUCCUCGAAGGCUGGACGCAGUACAUCUGGCACUACGUCACCGUCGAGAUCCCCGAGCUCGUGCGGUCAGGACGGUGA